AUGGAGAAAAGUCAGAACAGCUCUGACUCAAGGACUGACUUUGCUGCUCCGUCGCCAAAGCUUAUUGACGCCGUCAAAGCUUUGAUCAUUCCCUUCGUUCGGGAAGCUGAUGAGGCGGCCCAAUAUAAAUCGGCCGGCCACCUGGUUUCCAACAGGCAGGGCGUCACCCGCAACGUCUUGGUCCGGUCUCGGACUCCCGAGGACCUCGCCAAGCAGCUUUCCCUGUCUCUGCCCGAGGGAGAGGGCCGGGGCGAAGACGGCUUGCUCCAGGCCAUCAAAGGCGUUCUCGAGCACAGCGUCAACACAUGGGACCAGGGUUUCCUGGACAAGCUCUACGCUAGCACCAACGCUGUCGGCGUCGUAUCUGAGCUGCUCCUUUCCGUUCUGAAUACGAAUUUGCAUGUCUACCAAGUAUCGCCGGCCUUGACCGUGAUAGAGAAGCAGACGGCCAAGACAUUCGCCGGCCUCUUUGGCUUCAAUGGCCCCCGGGCCGGAGGCAUUUCGUGCCAGGGAGGCAGCGCUGCCAACCUGACAUCUAUCGUUAUUGCCCGCAACGCCCUCUACCCCGACACGAAGACCCAGGGCAAUGUCUGCGCCUCGGGUCCCUUUGUCCUGUUCACCAGCGAGCACGGGCACUACUCGGUGGAGAAGGCCGCCGUAGCCUGCGGCAUGGGCUCUGCCGCUGUCUGGACCGUCCCCGUCGAUAAGCGUGGCCGUAUGGACCCCAUCGCCUUGCGUGAUACUGUCGUGCAGGCCAAAGCUGCUGGCAAGACGCCUCUGUACGUCAACGCCACGGCCGGGACGACAGUGCACGGGUCGUACGACCUCUUUGAGGAGAUCGCCACUGUCUGCCAGGACCACGGCCUGUGGAUGCACAUCGAUGCCAGCUGGGGCGGCCCGGCAAUCUUUUCGGCCAAGCAGCGCCACAAGCUGGCCGGGUCGCAUCUCGCCAACUCGCUGACCGUCAACCCGCACAAGAUGAUGAACGUUCCCGUGACGUGCUCGUUCCUGCUGGGCCCAGACAUGGGCGUCUUUCACAAGGCUAACACCCUACCCGCCGGCUAUCUCUUCCAUGCGCCAGGCGAGACGGCAUCGGAUGGCCUGCCAGCCGAGGCUUGGGAUCUCGCUGAUCUGACCAUGCAGUGUGGCCGACGGGGUGACAGCCUCAAGCUUGCGCUUAGCUGGAUCUACUACGGAGCCGCCGGCUUCGAGCGCCAGGUCGACACGGCGUUUGAGGUGGCAGCCUACCUCGCCGAGUCCCUGGCCAAGAGCGACAACUUUGUCAUGGUGUCGGAGAAUCCGCCGCCGUGUCUGCAGGUCUGCUUCUACUACGCGCCUGGAGGGCAGCUGGGCAGCUCGGCCGAGGAGAACACGCGGAGGACGAGCGACAUGGUCCACAAGCUAAUAGGCAGGGGCUUCAUGAUUGACUACGCGCCGGGCGACAUGGGGAGCUUUUUCCGCGUCGUGCUUAACUGCCAGACUCUAAAGAGCACGGUCGACGGGCUGGUCAAGGCUCUCGAGGCUGUCGGCCUGGAAAUUGCCGCAUGA